AAAAUCAUUUGGAAAGGUUAACCCCUCUCCCUCGUUCUAAAACCCUGGGAGAGGAGACACGCAUUUGAGUAAAUAAUCAAAAAUGGGAAGAGCGGCUCUCUUUCGGCUUCUGAGAUCACAGUUCAGGGGCCUUCGAUCAUCCUCAUACUCCUCAGGGAGUCAUCUUUGCAGGUCUGGUCCUGGAGUAUGGACAAAUCGCUUGAACACUGGACCAACUUUCAAUCCCUGUAUCCAGAUCAAUGCUUUCCAGAAAAGAUGGGCUUCACGAGCCUCUACAGCUGAAGACAAUGGAAAGCUCAGCAUUGGCCCUAAAAAAGUAGCAGAAGGUGAGGAAAACGAAAAAGACUCUGGGAUUGUCUACUAUGGACCGAUCUCUUCUACCAUCAAGAAAGUGAAGCUUUUAUCACUUUCGACCUGCUGCCUCUCUGUGUCUUUAGGCCCAGUUGUAACCUUCAUGACAUCACCUGAUAUGAAUGUGAUCCUUAAGGGUGCAGUGGCUUCUUCUGUCAUAUUUCUCAGUGCUACAACCACUGCGGCCCUUCACUGGUUUGUGAGUCCUUACGUUCACAAGCUGAGAUGGAAGCCCGGUUCUGACACCUUCGAGGUGGAGAUGUUGUCCUGGUUAGCAACUUACAUUCCGAAGACUAUCAAGUUUUCUGAUAUUCGGCUUCCAGAGACCAAUCGGCCUUUUGUGACGUUUAAAGCCAAUGGGAACUUCUAUUUUGUUGACGCUGAUCACUGUCAUAACAAGGCCUUGUUAGCAAGAUUGACUCCAAAAGCAACUCAAGAGUCGGGAUUCAAAAAUUUGUGAUGCUUAUUCCAUCACAUCCUACUUGGCGAUUUUGGCAUUUUAAGAUUUGUAAGGCAACGGAAGUUUUAAACCUCUUAGAAAGUAGUAUCUGCGCUCAUGGAUUGUAUCUAUGAGCUCAUGGAUGACAAGGUCAUGGUCAAUGAAAGUUUGCAUGUUAUCGCAAACUCAUUGUAUUUGGUCUUUUUGCGAGCCUGUUUCCCGAUACUGAACUAGUUUUUUUUGUUCCAAAUACAAUUCUUUCUUUUGUGGCUUUCUAUUCUUUAAUUUCUGGGGUUAUAACUGAAAUUGCGCACCAUUCGUUCUUCUAUUUAUAUAGAUCUUUAAUUUUUAUUUUUUA